AGUUACCCAAGAGAUUUUUAAUAAGUUGAAAAAGGCUUAUCUGGAGGUAUCAGACUAUUUGGUCAGCGUUGACCACCAUGUGGAUGAAAUCAUAAAAAAGAUAGGUGCUCGAACAAGUGAAACACGGAUUAUAGUGAUUCAUGGGAUGGGUGGCGUUGGAAAGACAACUAUUGCCAAAAUCAUCUACAAUCAACUUGCAAACAAUUUCAAGCAUUGUUGCUUUCUGUCCAACAUCCGUGAAAUGUUAGAACACAAGAGCACUGAAUGCUUGCAGCAUCAACUUAUCUUCGACAUCCUCAAAAUGAAAGAUAUAAAAAACAUAGAUGAUGGGAAUCAGACAAUUAAAUACAGGUUGUCUACUAAACAAGUCCUCCUCCUCCUUGAUGAUGUGCAUGAAAAGAAACAUAUGGAUGCACUCAUAGGUGAGGGUAAUUGGUUUGGUAAAGGGAGCAAACUUAUUAUUACUACUAGAAACAAAGACAUUCUCAAGGUUCCCAUAGUGGACGACCAUUAUGAGGUUAAUGCAAUGGAUCUUGAUCAAUCUCUUCAACUUUUUAGCAAACAUGCCUUCAGAAGAGAUUAUCCUUUGGACGAGGAUAUCAACCAAUCCAAAAGGGCGACAAACAUUGCUGGAGGUCUUCCGCUGGCUCUUGAGGUCAUAGGUUCACUUUUAUCUCGCACCAAAAAGGAAGAGUGGGAUCUCAUAUUGAAGAAGUUGGAAAGUGUUCCUCCUACGGAAGUCCAGGAUAAGUUGAAAAUAAGCUAUGGAGCACUAGAUGUUCGGCAAAAGCAUAUAUUCCUUGAUAUAGCUUGUCUUUUCAUUGGAUAUGACAAAGACAUUGUGGUUCAUUUCUGGGAUGAAUCUAAAUUUCCAGAAGAAGCCAUGGAAGUUUUGCAGAACAUGUCUUUGAUCAAGAUUAAAGAAGCUAAUAAAGUGUGGAUGCAUGAUCAACUCAGGGAUCUAGGAAGAGAAAUGGUUCGUGAAGAAAGUAAGAUGAAAGUAGAGAAGCAAAGUAGGAUGUGGAAUCCUAAGGAUGCAUUGGAUUUGUUGAGGAGACAUAAGGGAAAAAAUAAAGUUGAAGCUCUUCGUCUCAAGUUUGACCAUGAGGGGCAGUACUGUUUUACCUAUGAGGGCUUUAUGAGACUAUCCAAUCUAAGGUUCCUUGAAGUUGACGGUUUGAUGAAAAAAUUUUGUGCUGAAGAGAGGCUUCUUUGGCACGAAUCACCAUCAAAAGUUUUCCAAGAGAAUUCAUAUCUCCUUCCACAAUUACGAUGGCUUUCAUGGUACAAUAUUCCCCCAACAUUUAACAUAACAACUUUCUCCAUGGAGGAUGUGGUUAUUCUUGAUCUAUCUGGGAGUGAAAUUACACAUGAUUGGAAGGGCUGGAGCCACAUGAAGGUCAUGAAGAAUUUGAAAGUUAUGAAUUUGACUGGUUGCCAUCUCUUGGGGAGAACUCCCACCUUCUUUGCUCCGGCAAAUAUAGAACGUUUGAUCCUACAGGGCUGUAAAUCAUUAAUCGAAAUUGACAAGUCGAUUUGUCAAUUGAAACACUUAGUUUACAUGGAUGCAAGCAGUUGCGAGAAUCUUCGUGUGCUGCCAGACGAGCUGGGUGGAGAUCUUACAAGCCUUAAAUACCUAAAUCUAAGUCGAUGCGGAUUGUUGGAGAGGCUUCCCGAUUCAAUCUGGAAUUUGGAAUUCCUGAUGGAGUUGAAUAUAAAUUAUACGAGGAUCAAAGAACUACCUAAAUCCAUCGGAAAGUUGAAAAAUUUGACAACAGUGAGGAUAUGCAGUCAUAUAAGCAAAAUACCGGAUGCUCUUUGGACGAUUGAGAAGCUCGAAGAAAUAGAAUACGAUCGGGAAAAUUUGUCUGGAGGUCGAGUGAAAGUUGGAAAAUGCAUCUCCAUGAAUCAAUCCCUGAGGAUCUUGAGACUGAAGCUCGCGAAUAUAUACGCACUACCGAGACUUCCUGAAAGUCUUAUCACUCUGGAAUUGUCUAGGUUGUACAUGGACGAGUUUCCAGAUCUCUCAAACCUCACUAAUUCAGAGGUAUUGGAUCUGAUGUUUGGCCCACCUAAUUUAGAGGUGAUAUCUAAUGGGCCUGUGGAAUGUCUGAUAACAUGGUGGAUUGAGAAGUUAAGCAAACUGCGGUAUCUGCACCUCGACUCUCAUUAUGUGACCACCUCACCAACAGGCCUUAGCCUCCCUCCUCAUCUCAUGUCACUUCACCUUGAGUGCCCUAAUUUGCGUCGCCUCCCGAGGCUUCCCUCGAGUUUAUCGAUUUUGCUUUUGUACGAUUGCAAGUCACUUUGCUCGAUGGAGGAUCUAUCGAAUUUGAAGAAUCUAUCAUUCCUCAAGAUUACCUUCACUACAAUUGCAAAGAUUCAAGGCCUUGGUUGUUUGGGGAACCUACGAGAAUUGGAGCUUAAUUGGCUUGGACGGGUAAAGAUACUACCCGAUCUAAGCAAUUUAAACAAACUAAGGCUUCUUAAAAUAAGAUCUUGUGAUGAUCUGUUCGAGAUUCAAGGCGAACUACCACGUUCUUUGGAAGAAUUGCGUAUUUAUAGCUGUCGUUCUUUACAAAAGUUGCCCAAUCUAUCAAGCUUGAUGGGUAGGACAAAUGUUGAAAUAGACUAUUGUGAUAAAUUUCUUGAAUAUGCUCGCAUGAAUCGACAAGUUUUGAAGCUUGUAGGCUUUCAACAGCUGCAGAUACCUGAUCUAAGUAACUUAAACAAACUACAACAUCUCCGAGUAGAAAACUGUGAUAAUUUGAUCAAGAUUCAAGGCGAACUACCACAAUCUUUGAAAGAAUUGGAGAUUUGUUCCUGUAAAUCUUUAUGGAAUUUGCCUGAUGUGUCAAACUUGAAUAGACUGCAAAGGGUUAAAAUUCAUCGUUCUUGGAAAUUAAAUGUGGAGGCAAUUUCUUCGCUUUGCUUGGAGAAGUCAGUCGAAUUUGAGGAAGAAGAAGACGAAUGGGACAGAGAAGCCGACGAGUCUAAAUAUGAGGAAGAAGGUACCGAAUCCGAAUCUGAGGGAUUCGGAUUCAGACAACGAGUCUCAAUAUGAGGCAAUUUCUUUGCAUGCUGCACUUUAAAGCUUCUUGAGCCACAACCACAAAUUGUUCCCUUGUGUUCUAACUCUAAACAAAGUGAGGUAAGUUAAUUCAUCUGACAACCAAUAGUUUCUUUCUUUUUUUGCAAUCAAAUUCUUUCAAAGAUACGACCAGAGAAGUUUUACGGGUGCACUUUUUAAUGACCUUUUUGCGAGUUCAUGUCUUAAAAUCUGCUGAAGGUAUUGAAAUUAGGUUACCUCCGAACAACCAGAGGGUUCUUAAUUAUGAUUUUUUUUCCUAGUUUGGUUUGGCUUUUUUAGCUACAUUUUCUUUGGAUGGUUUCUCCUUGCUUUUUUGAUUCCCAGCUGGAGGUAUGCAUGUCAAUUGCAUUGUUUUUAUUUGAUAUUUGUUAUGUAACUAAUUAUUAGAGAUCCUUGUCGAUUUGCUGCUUCACAUGUUUCGAAGUCGGUAACCUUGCCUUGCAUUGGGGAUAACUUCAUUAUGUUGUAAACAAUUAGAUGAAAUGUGUGUUGGAAGGACAUAUAACUAUGGUUCUCAUCCUGGAACUUUACAGCAUAAUCAACUAAUUCUUAUUGGGGUUUGCAUAUGUUAUGAAGAAGCUAUAAAAUGAAGAAAGAGGAAUUUCACUUGGGUAGCUGCAUCAAUAGUUGGUGCAGCAAAACUUCCAUCUCCAAGGGUGUUGUGGCUAAUUGGGCAGCUGUACAAAGACUGGAUAAAGGAAAAUGAAAAUGACGUCCAAAGUGAAGUUUUACGUUCACUUUAUAAUUACUUUAUGAGUUGAUGCCUGGAAAUCUGAAGAAGGAAAGGUGUGCUUCUUAGUGUGAUUUGCAAAUGUUAUGGAGAAGUAAUAAAAUGCAGAAAGAGGAAUUUCACUUGGGUAGCGGCAUCAAUAGUUGGUGCAGCAAAGCUUCCAUCUGUGACAGGAGAGGAGAACUAUUGAGCUUCGCCAAGAAAGGGAUGACAUGUGUGAGGCCUCUGAUUGUUUCAACUUGAAGAGGUUCAAAUGAUGCAAUGUCUGGCAUUGCUUAGAAGAUUCAGCCAUUUCUUGAAAAAUUUAGAAGACAUGCUCAGCAAAGGAGUUCAUUUUCCAAUAAGAAGUGCGUGUGGUACUUGAAAGGUCCUACAUCCACAGCCAAGUCUGUUGUUAAGGAAGAUUUGAAACUUAAACAAAUUUCUUAUUGUCCUCUGUCAUUCCAAGAGAUAUUUAUUGUAGUCUUUCCUGGGAUCGUUAUCUAUUAUACAUAAAUUACAAUCACACUUUGGCAAGUUGACUUGAAAUCUAUUGUUGUAGGCAUAGUUAUUACUAGCUGUUUUUGCAACCGUUUUCUACCUUUAAGAUGGACGCUGUAAACUGCUCAUGAAUGGGACCAUGGUUUUUUUGGAUCUAUUUCAUGAGUUUGAUUUGGUUUAGAUAUAUUACUUUUUGACGGUUUUGGUUGGCUAAUUGAGUUACCAGUAAAAGACAAGUCAAAUUGAUGCUAGUGUUACUGCAUUCAAGUGCACUACUUUUUGUCAAUUUACACGUGGGUCAUUUAUGUGAGAUCCUUGGAACUUGCUGGUUUGUACUUUAAAUUUGAACCUCAUAACCAUGCCUUGUAAAACUUAACUUUGCUAUACCUUAAACAAUGAAGGAUAUAGUCAAU